AUGAAGUUCAAGUCGAUCAUCAAGCUUUGGUACAAGGAUCCGGAAGAAGAGAAGCACCUAGCCCAGGAAAGGCUGCGUCGUCAGGCAUUGACCGUCGUAUCGCCCGUUGAGCAAUCGCCUCGUUCGCCCUCGGUCGUCGACGAAUUUGUGCCGCCAAAAAAAAGCUUGACUGACAAGCAGUGGAGAAGACUCAGCGAGCUAGGCGACGCACUCGAUCAACCGCACGAACCAUUCGCGCCCUUGCCACCCAUUGAGACAUCAUCCAGAUCCUCGCAACAUGCAAGGACACCUUCGGCUUUACUGAACCUGCUACGACAGAACGCCAGCUCUAUCACGCUCAACGAGGUCGCAUCGGAGACCGGACCGCGUACACGAGCUCGUUCUGCUAGCGAUCUCUUGCACGUGACGCGUCUACGCUCGUCUGCGAGCUCAUCAGACGGUCGGCGUGGACGUCCUUACAGUAUGAUAGAGCCAUGGCAUGCUAUCGCUGCCCGACACAGCAGAGGAUCAUCCCUUCAGAAGCUAAGCGAUUUUGACAAGAUUACGCCGCGCGAAGUCAUCGUCUUUGGUUCCUCGCUUGCGCCGGCAGCUUCAGAUGUGGUAGAUAGCGCUCUACAGGGCGAUUCGACACCAUCAGUGCCCGUAAUUGUCCAAGAAGAUACCCCUCACUCUUUGCCCACUCUCGACCCGAUCGAUACUCUUGCCGAUGAUCUCUCGACGCAGACAGCCGUCAGGUCUCGCUCUCGCACGCGCUCUAUACGCAUGAGUAUCAAUCGCCGUUUGUCUAGCAUCUCUUUGUUCGGUCACCGCAAGCGCUCUGCCGAAGAUCGACGCGCAGUCUCUUUGCUGACAGAGCGUGACUCAUCACCCGUGUCACCCAAGCGGCCAACUUCCGAACGCGCUGCGAGCGUCACGGAUGACGUCACCGUGCCCAUCAGAACGACGAAGAUCUCUCUUGCCAAGAAGAUCGGCAAGCGACUUAGCUCGAGUCAUCUGUCCUUUGCGCGCAACUCCACGCCAGAUGCCGAUCUUGCUCAAUUAGUGCCACCACCCUAUGCGACUGAUAUGCCUGCGGUGCCUUCCGUACCUGCUGAAUUUGCAUCAGAUCAAGAGACUCGCGAGAUCACUGAGCAGCAAGAGCAACGUGCCUCUCCAUCAGGAUCGCCUGCGUUGUCCGAUACGACCACAAGUAUGCAAGUGACUGAGCCCGCAGAGCUGGAUGAAGAUCCCUCCUUUUAUCGCGACGAGAAUGACAAGCGGUUGUCGGCCCGACGCUCACUACCUCUGCCAGGCGAAGAUGCGCCCGAGAGUCCAAUGGAUGCUCAAGCCACAGUCGGAUCGGACCCUCGACCCUCAGCAGUCGAUCUGGGUAGCCUGUCUACGCGUCCACUUUCCGAGAUAAUCACAAAAUCCAACAGACGUGUGAGCUUCAUACCCCCUCGACCGGCAUCUGUCAUGGCAGACAUCAUACAGGAGCCCUUAUCGAUCGCACCCAUGAUCGUCGACAGCGACACCAAUACGAUGCAGCCACCACGCAUCAGUAUCGAGCCCCCCUCUGAUGCGGGACACAGUGCUGGCGAGCAUGACGAUGUCUGGGGCAACUCGGAAGCGCUUCAAAGUCACGAAAGACUCUCGAGCUUUAGUGAUUAA